CAGGCCUUAUUAGGUUUAGAUACCUUAGUUACAACUUCGUACUACCAGAACAUUACAUAAAAUGACCAAACCAUCCAAUUAAGGAACAGUACCAAGGCUUAACUCUUAGCUCCAUUAACACGUGCGAGGCUACAAAGUACAUACCUAGAAUAAGAAGUCGUGUCAUUUGCUGGAUCGACGGGAGCUAAGCUCUUCUCUAUAAUUCAAUAAAGUCGACGUCAACCUCAUUACAAGUUCGUACAUGUCAUGUCGAUGGAUGAAGCAUGAUACCUGAAGCAUGAUACCCCGGGAUAUCGCAAUCCCCGACAAUUCGAGAGAGCGGCAUACGAGUGACGACUUAAGAAAUAUAUCUAAACAUAUGGAAUAUUAGCUUACGAUCCACUUAACAAUUCGACCAUCUUCUCUCAACUUACAGGUCGCAUUAUAAAGUUCCUAUUCCAUAUACACCAACAUACGACAUAUACAUGUAUGACUUGGACGACGGCGACGAGUACACUCCCAGCAGCACCGCGCAAGCGUCGAACACAGUAACACGGCGCAAAACCGGCUGUGAAUAAAACAUACUCCCCCGAACUUUGUCGUCUCCAUCGUCGCCCACAUGGCUGGAGCUAAGGGGAAUUCGCUGCGCGAUCGUCAAAUUGCAUCGCUAAAGAAGAUUCUCAACUUGAACGAGGUCGUCGAGCAGAAAGAUGAAGACGAAUCCCACGCCAACGGGCUGGCCCCUGUCGGUCCCAUCCUAAACGCCAAUGGCGAGCCUGUAUGGAAGGUCCUUGUCUUCGACGACCUCGGUCGCGAUGUAAUCAGUAGCGUCAUGAGAGUAAAUGAUUUGCGAUCAAUGGGCGUCACUAUGCACAUGCAUCUAGCCGCAUCUCGACAUCCCAUUCCCGACGUCCCCGUCAUAUAUCUCGUCGAGCCGAGCCCGAAGAACUUGGAAGGCAUAACGGGCGAUCUACAAAAAGGCCUUUACUCUCCUGCCUAUAUCAACUUCCUCUCCUCCAUACCGCGCCCCCUCCUCGAAGAUUUCGCGUCGCAAACCGCAGCUGCCGGCACCGCGGAACACAUUGCUCAACUAUUCGACCAGUACCUGAAUUUUAUCGUCGCGGAACCAGACUUGUUCAGCUUAGGGAUGCAGAAGGAACACACAUACUGGGCAUUGAAUAGCGCAAAGACCAAGGAUGAAGAAUUAGAUCACGUCGUCGACAGGAUAGUCAGUGGUUUGUUUAGUGUAGCUGUGACUAUGGGUGUCAUUCCAAUUAUACGAUGUCCUAAAGGUGCUGCCGCGGAGAUGAUUGCUGGCAAACUUGACCGAAAGCUUCGCGACCACAUCCUCAACUCUAAAGACAAUCUUUUCUCUUCUAAUACGCGUCCUACCUCGUCCGCAGGCACUCCUGCCUCUCGUCCCGUUCUUGUCAUCCUUGACCGAAAUGUCGAUCUAAACCCCAUGCUCUCGCAUUCCUGGACAUAUCAGUCGCUCGUACAUGACGUUCUUAACAUGAAGCUCAAUAGGAUCACUAUCGAGACGCCUAUAGACGAAGAGAACCCGGCGAAAGGGGUGACAAAGAAGGCUUACGACCUGAGUUCUACGGAUUUUUUCUGGGAAAAGAACUCCGGUGUACCCUUCCCCCAAGUGGCGGAAGAUAUCGACGCUGAGUUAAUGCGGUACAAAGAAGACGCGCAAGAAAUUACCAAAAAGACAGGCGCAUCGUCUAUAGAAGACUUGCAGAAUGACACAAGUGCGAGCGCUCAGCAUCUUAAGGCAGCGAUAACGUUACUGCCAGAGCUGAGGGAGCGAAAAGCCGUGUUAGAUAUGCAUAUGAAUAUCCUUGCGUCAGUUUUAAGGGGCAUAAAAGACCGGCAACUGGACAAUUACUUCCAGAUGGAAGAAAACGUCAUGAAGCAAACGAAAGCCCAAGUCUUAGAGGUUAUCAAGGACAACGACAAGGGCAACGAUUCCUUAGACAAGCUUCGCUUGUUCAUAAUCUGGUUCUUGAGUACAGAGCAGGAAGUUAGUCGGGCGGAUUGGACCCAGUUCGAGGAAGCUCUCACAGCGGCAGGGGUAGACACCACUUCUCUUGCCUAUAUCCGACAAGUUCGGGCUACGACGAAGAUGACCCAAUUAACAACUAUCGGCCCGUCCCAACCUUCCACCGCGCAAUCUGGCUCGACUGACCUCUUCGGCCGCUUCUCUUCUCUAUCGAGUCGCCUAACUGACCGAUUAAAGGAGACUGGUGUUGGAGUCCCCACAAAUCUUGCCUCUAACUUUGACUCCUUAAUAGGCGGUAUCAAAAACUUCCUCCCAGCCAACCGCGACCUAACUAUCACCAAAAUCGUCGAGUCCAUCAUGGAUCCCCAAGCUGCAUCGACGUCCGCCAUCGCCAAGACAGAGAACUACCUAUACUUCGACCCGCGGAGCGCAAACGCACGAGGCAGCAUGCCGCCACCAAGCGCGGUGCGAGCUGGCGUAGCAGGUAGCACACCAGGAUCGCUCCCCGGCGGUCCCGGUAUUCAGGGCCCCGGAACAGGCGCCAGCUUCGGACAGCGACGACAAGGGUACACAGAAGCGGUCGUAUUCACAGUUGGCGGCGGGAGCAUGGACGAGUACGGCAAUUUACAAGAGUGGGUACAGCGGACGGGUGAGGGCGGCCGCGCCAAGAAGAGAGUCGUCUACGGUAGCACGGAGCUCCUAAACGCGCACGAGUUCAUCAAGGAAGAAUUGGAGAGGCUGGGACGGGAGGUCCCGUAGAGUACCCGCGGUAGGGGCCUAGGAUAGGGGAUUAAAAGAAAAGGGGAUAGAUGAAUUAAUAAAUACAAGAAAUAUAGCCUCACCUGCAGUCGUGCGCUUGGCGAGAUGUGUUUACCUUGGUAGUAUCGUUGGAUUUGUAUGCGUACGUGUAAUUGGGCUACCUAUCUGAACACAUAAGUACCUAUACUAGUAAAUUGUAGUAUAAACCCCUUUCUCAGUCCAACUAGUUGCAGUUGCUUAUAUCAUUCCGUUGAAUGUAUUUGCAAGAGUUAUUUCAAGACCAUGCCGGUCGUUGAUACCAUAAAUAUAGC